GGAAACCGGGCGGCAAUAAGAGGCGGAUUGAGGGGGAAGAAAAGCGUUUCCAGGUCAUUCCAAACAUGGAGAAAAAAGCAAGGCAACAAAGGGGGGCAGAGGAAUGGUGAUAGAGAUAGAAACAAGAGAAUCUCCACGACAGUCUCCAAAGCAGAAAGAGGCGUUUAAACACACAAACUACAGCCAAGGAACCGGCUUACAAAUGAGUUCUACACACAGGUCUACAGAUGGCUGGGAAGAGCAGGAAGAUGCGUGUAGUGAUGUAGCCUACUCGGAAAAGGAAUGUCAUUCGCUUCAUGGGCGGAUCCAAGGGCCACUGCCUUACACUCCAUACAUAGCCGAAGAGGGGGGCCGCCAUUGGACCGACAAGGAAGUGCGCGCUCUGCUGUGCGUUUGGGCCGACCGAACCAUUCGGGACCAACUCAAGUGCACACUUCGCAACAAGUCAAUUUUCCAGGAAAUGGCCCAUCAGAUGCAACAGAACUUUGGCGUGGUGCGGAACUGGAAGCAAUGCCGCACCAAGUAUAAAAACCUCAAGUACGAGUACAAGACUGCCAGGAACGUGCAGGCCACAGGGAGCGGAGUGGGUCCGGGGAAGUAUAUGAAGUUCUUUGACGAGGUGGAAGGCAUUCUGACCGAUAGGGAACUGGACAUCGGGGCCUGGUGUAAUGGAGACAUGGAAGCAGGAAUUCUGGGAUCUCCGGCAGGCCAGACGCCGCAGACCAUCAGAGCGUCCGAGAGUGAGGUCAUCAUAGAAAUUGACGAUGAUGACAGUGACGACUAUGAGAAUGAUGUUGAUAUGGAGCAGAGACUGAAAGGAACAGAUACCUACCUAUCUUCAAACCUUGCUGCGUCAGGCAGUGGCCAGUUCCAUGUGGUAACUGUAUCGGACACGGGCCGGAACUGGAGUGACCAGGAGAUCCGGGCGCUUAUUCAAGUUUGGUCUGAGGAGGGCAUGUGCAAGCAGCUGGAGAACUCCACCAGAAAGAGGGACAUCUUUGUCCAGAUCUCAAACAGGUUAAUGCUGCAGGGCGUUGAGAGAGACUGGAAGCAGUGCCACACCAAGUACAAGAACCUCAAGUACCUGUAUCGCUCUCUGCAGAAGGGGAAGGCGGAGGGCACCGACCCGCGGCGCCUCAUGAGGUUCUAUGACGAGGUAGAUGCCCUUCUGACCCGCACCAGUACUGACUCUCCAUGUGUGAUGGGAUACACAGAGCCCUACAUUGAGCCAGACGGACUCUCAAGAAUGACAGGCGAUGAGGGGAGAAGCACGGCUGGUGUCAGUCCGACAAAAUCGUUGACCACCAAGUCAAAUCCUGGCAUUGGGGAAGACGGAACCCAAAAUACUGAUACUUUCUUGUCUACAAGCUUGGAGGUCAUACAAUGUAUUCACGAUGCAGAAUCUAAGCCACAUGUAGUCAUGGAACAGAGUUUGGGGCAACAACCACAGAGAAGCGUUUUACGUCAUGCAGAAACAACGUUUUCGGAAAACAGAGGAAUAAAGAGAAAAGCUGUACAUCAAGAUACCACAGUGAGACUUGCGAAACGACUCGUUACCAGUAAAGAAGAACAGGACGACAUUCCGAUAAUAGAGAUGAGUUCAGUUCGUUCUUUCUGGGCAUCUAAACCGAUCACGGACAGCAAGGACCACACGUUUUGCAAGAACGCUAUGGCCGCUGCACAAGAGUUGAAACUUGGCCAGAAACUGAACGAGGGAAAGACGAAGGAAAUUUAUUCGCUUGUGGAUCAGCCCGGUCUAGUACUGGUGCAAUCCAAAAACCAGAUCACUGCUGGAAAUGCGGUUCGGAAAGACCAGAUGGAGGGCAAGGCCGCUAUCGCUAACAGAACCACCAGCUGCGUAUUCAAGCUGCUGCAGGAGGCAGGAAUCAAGACGGCAUUUGUGGAGCAGCACUCGGACACAGCGUUCAUCGCGGUCCACUGUGAGAUGAUCCCCAUCGAGUGGGUCUGUCGAAGGGUGGCCACCGGGUCCUUUCUCAAGAGAAAUCCCGGUGUCAAGGAAGGAUAUCGCUUCUCUCCACUGAAGCUGGAGAUGUUCUUCAAAGAUGAUGCCGACAAUGACCCCCAAUGGUCGGAGGAGCAACUGCUGGUGGCCAAUUUCUCUCUGGCUGGGCUCGCCAUCAGCCAGUGUGAGGUGGACAUCAUGAACCGCAGCACCGUGGCCAUCUUUGAGAUCCUGGAGAGGGCCUGGGCCACCCAAAACUGCACUUUGGUUGACAUGAAGAUCGAGUUUGGUGUCAACGUCACCACCAAAGAGGUUGUCCUCGCAGACGUGGUUGACAAUGAUUCCUGGAGGCUGUGGCCGGCAGGAGAUCGGUGCCAGCAGAAGGACAAGCAGGUGUACCGUGAUCUUAAAGAGGUCACACCUGAAGCUAUGCAGGUGGUUAAGAGGAACUUUGAGUGGGUCUCUGAAAAGGUCAAGCUGCUUCUGGAGAACCCAGCGUCGGGCAGGGUGGUGGUGUUGAUGGGCUCCACCUCUGACAUGGUUCACUGCGACAAGAUCCGCAAGGCCUGCGGAUCCUAUGGAGUGCCCUGUGUCCUCAGAGUCACCUCGGCACACAAGGGCCCUGAUGAGACCCUGCGCAUAAAAGCAGAGUAUGAAGGUGAUGGCGUUCCUACUGUUUUUGUGGCUGUGGCGGGAAGGAGCAACGGCCUUGGCCCGGUGAUUUCGGGGAACACGGCCUAUCCUGUAAUCAACUGUCCACCAAUCACCGCUGACUGGGGGGCGCAGGAUGUGUGGUCAUCCCUGCGCAUGCCAAGUGGUCUCGGCUGCUCCACUGUGCUGUCUCCAGACGCUGCAGCCCAGUUCGCCGCCCAGAUCUUCGGACUCGGCAAUCACCUGGUGUGGUCCAAGCUGAGAGCCUCCAUGCUAAAUACCUGGGUGUCUCUCAAGAUCGCUGACAAGAAGUUGCAGUCCUGCAGCCUUUAAGCCAGUUGCUUUCCACAUUCCAGACUUUUUUUCCCCACAUCUAAUGAGUUAUAUUUGUGUUGUCUUGGUUCUUCCUGUCCAACUACUGUGCUUAAACCUGAAACAUUCAUUAAACCUCAUAUGUGGCUGUAUGGGCUAGAACAUUUAUUUAUGUGCAUGCCAUUUCUGCUAACUAUUUCUAGUUUCAAAGAUGACUAUUAGUCCUGACAGCGGAAGUUGACACAUUUUAAACCUCGUCCACUUUUGUCCAUAAAUAUAUUUUAGAAAUCAUAUUGAAUAGUCAUUUACUUACUCACAUGCAUGGUCGUUCUUGGUGUUUUAUUUUAUGAGCGUGCACUGCACUAAGACUACCACAAGAGGGAGCUUGUAACAAAUUUCAAGGCUAAAUCCAUUAAUUCACUUUAAUGACUUUGGAGCCAAGUGAGUGAGUCAGAAUCUGAGGCCAUAUUUUUAUAACAUUGUUUGUUUCUCCAAUCUUCUCUAUGUACUGCUGUGAUGCCAACGAAAACCCUUAAUGUUAAUUCUGUGGGUGGAUGUGGGAGGCUGAGAAGGGGUAUAAGCACUAGCCUGCUAUCUGUCCAAAUCCUCUGCCUAUUUAGUUCUGUGUUUUAUAUGAUGCCUCUGUUCCGUGUUCUCAUGUAGCCUUUUAGGUAAUGGGGUACGGUUGAGGAACCUCAUUGGACACAAUGUAUGUCACAAAUGCCUCUAACCAGGUCUCCUCAGUAACUGUUUCCCUGGCAACAACCACUCAUACAAGUUCGGCACUUCCUUUUCAAUCUCCUGCCCUUCUCUAUCCUGUGAUGCUUGCAGUCUCAAUCUACCCUACAUUGGCGUUCUGAAUGUGAGAUAAAGACGGGAAAAUCUAUAGAAUGCCUCAAUUUAAUGUGGUAAUGAGUAUGCUAGGUUUGUGCAAUCUUUUUAUGUCAACACGACCAGUCAUUGUAUCGUGCCUGAAAAAAUAUCGUUUUGGAUUCAGAAAAUGUGUUUAUUGUGAAAACAUUUCAUGGACCAUUCUAGAAUCAUGACCUCCGUAGGCUAUAUAUGUACAAGUGAUUCUGGAUUGGUAAUGUUAUGUUCAAGUAGGCCUACCAGUGUUUUCAAUAUAGAUGCAUUUGUGAACGACAGCAUAAUCCUGUUAUUUACGACCUAACUACUUUAAAGUGAUCAUGUUCAGCACUGCUAAUCUCAUAACUCAUUUGACCAUUUUCACCUUCUCAUCUCCAUGAUUGAUCUCCAACUUCUAAACCGGCUUUAAGUUGCUUUUGUUUCUACCUUACACGCUUUUGCUCGCCC